AUGUCUGCUGCAGGAGCCGACGCAUGUCCAGUCGACCACGAAACUCGCCAGGCAUGGCUGGACCACGCCAAAAAGGCAAAAUCACAAGAUCUUCCAGCACCUCCGCCACAAGCAACUCCAUCGCCGCCGAUACCCACCAGCACACCUCCUCAUGACCUCCGCCAGAACAUGGCCAUGAUGUCGCCAGCACAGCGGGGUGCUCUCGACACCUUCCGCGAGAUCUCGACCAUUCCGAGAGCCCUAUCCGCCGAAGGUCAUGACGCUGCCACCAACACUCACAGUCCCGCAAACAACGAGCAAGAGUCUGGAGUCGAUGAGAAGAGUGGAAACUGGGUCUAUCCUUCCGAGGAAAUGUUCUUCAACGCCAUGAAGCGCAAGAACUACGAUCCUGACGCUGCCGACAUGCGCACCAUUGUACCAAUCCACAACGCCGUCAACGAGCAGGCUUGGAAGGAGAUCAAGGCUUGGGAGAAGGGCAGAGGCUCUGAAGCAUGUGGUGGUCCUCGCCUUGUUUCCUUCAUGGGUCAGUCCAAGGAACUGACUCCUCGAGCACGCUUCAACUCCCUCCUGGGUUACUCCAAACCCUUCGACAGACACGACUGGAUCGUCGAUCGUUGCGGUACUCACAUUGACUAUGUCAUUGACUUUUAUGCUGGCAAGAAUGAGGGCAAGCCUGGCAAAUCUCUCAACUUCUAUCUUGAUGUCCGUCCCAAACUCAACAGCUGGGAAGGCAUCAAGAUGCGAUUCGAAAAGUUCUGGGGUCUGUGA